AUGACUUUGCCUGAAGCUCCGGGGCCCGAUCGGAACCUACCCAAGAACAUCGCGAUCGUGGCAACGCAGCGCGAGAAAACCACAUCCGAAGACGAGAAGAAACUGGUGACAGAACAGAAGUCACCCAUCGUCAACUUCGCAGUACAACGUGAGUCCGUAGCGAUGGAUGACGUGAGAGAGUCCGGAGACAUGGUGGGCGAUCGUGAGUCGGACCCAAUGGUGGGCGAGCGCAACUCGGAAGGGAAGUUGGGCCAGCACGAUUCCGGCGAGGUGGGCGGUUGGUGUGGGCUUGACAGCACGGAAGACAGCACACGGAAUCUGGACGAGCAAUUUCGUUCCGUGCUCGACACUUCUAACGCAGCGGAACCUCGCCGGUCGUCAGCAAACGCUGAAAUUUCGUCAGAUUUCAACCUGGUGCAAGACUCGGGUGACGAUGGAGAGUACAAGGCAAUGUAG